AGCGGCUGCUUUGCCUUUCGCUCGCGGGUUCCAUUUAAGUAGCUGAAGGAAUACCUGGAGUUAUGGAUCAUGCCAGGAAAGCAAUAUUUAACAUGUUUGGAGCAGAACCCCUGUCCUACACUCGCUUCAGUUUGGCUCGACAGCCAGAUGGUGACAGCAGCCAUGUGGAAAUGAAACUGUCGGCUGAAGAAGAGGAAGGAGGUGAAAAUGGAAUGAUUGAUCAUCUUCACCCCCGGAAAGUGAAACCAAAAAACAGCCGGCGCCUGUGCUGCAUGUGUUCAGGAGUGGCCCUGCUUUUUCUAAUAGGAUUUUUGUUUGGCUACAUAUGUUUCCGUGCACGGAUGCAACCAGCGGCGCAGUGUAGCAGUGGUACUGGGACGUUAAGCGACGGGACUUCGUAUUCAUCUUCAGCUGAAUACUCCGAGACAAAUAUAGGACCAACAGAACCUGUGCUGUAUUGGGGCGACCUUAAAAGGAAAUUGACCGAUAAGCUAGGCGCAGUCCGUUUCCUAGACUCAGUCCGGACAGUCUCCUCGAGCAGCCACGAGGCCGGCAGUACAGGGGAUGAGAUUCUGGCCAAUGAUAUUCAUGAACAGUUUGAGAAGUACAAGCUGGACAAAGUCUGGAACGAUGAGCACUACGUCCGUCUCCAAGUCCAGGGCAGGUCCUCAAAUGUAGUUUCUUUGGAAGACCCUGGAAAAACUGUUCUGGAGAUGCCCAAUGCUUUUGUUGCCUAUAGUGAAAACGCAGAGGUUUCGGGCAAGCCAGUUUAUGCCAAUUAUGGCCGUAAAGAAGAUUUCAAAGUACUUCUAGAGAAAAGCAUCAGUCCGAAUGGUACAGUGAUCAUUGUGCGAGCUGGGAGACUUACUUUCGCCGAGAAGGUGGCCAAUGCCAAGGCGCAGGGCGCCGUAGGGGUGCUAAUCUACCCCGAUCCUGUUGACUACAAGGACCUUGGAGUAAAUGUGGCCCAGUUUGGACAUGCUCAUCUUGGCACCGGUGACCCUUACACUCCUGGAUUCCCUUCCUUCAACCACACUCAGUUCCCCCCGGUUCAGUCUUCGGCCCUCCCACGCAUCCCUGUCCAAAGCAUUUCAAGCUCAGCUGCACGAAAAUUAUCAAGUGUUAUGAGUGGGUCAGACUGUCCGUCAACGUGGCAAAACACGCUAUUUCCCAAGUGUGCUACGUCUCCAGCUGGAACAAGUGUGAGGCUCAAAGUCAACAACCUGCUUGUGGAGAAGAAAAUCCUGAACAUCUUCGGCGUGAUUAAAGGUUUUGUGGAACCAGAUCGGUAUAUCGUGAUCGGAGCUCAGCGUGAUGCCUGGGAAAGUGGAGUGGUGAAGUCUGGAGUUGGUACUGCCCUGUUACUGGAGCUGGCCCACACCCUCUCCGGGAUGGUGAAAAACGAUGGCUACAAACCCCACCGAAGCUUCAUCUUCGCCAGCUGGAGCGCUGGAGAGUUCGGGGCAGUUGGUGCCACAGAAUGGCUAGAGGGCUACGCUGCCUCCCUGCACUUGAAAGCAUUUGCUUAUGUCAACCUGGAUGGAGCAGUUUCGGGAUCAAAGGAAUUCCGGUUCUCUUCCAGCCCCAUGUUGAAAAAGCUCCUGGAAGAAGCGGUCACAGAUAUCAAGAUACUUCCAUUCAAUCUUCGUGCCACUUUGGCAAGCAAAGAAGUUCCAUUUCAGGUGGACGAUGCAGCCAGGGUGUUCACCGCGUUUUCAGGGAUCCCGGCCAUCUCCUUCAGCUUCAACAAUGGUGGAAACGCUUAUCCCUACCCGUAUUUCGGCACAGCGGAGGACAAUCUGGACAACCUGCUCCGCACCUUCGGCAAUUCUCCCUCCCAGGUGGAGAAAACGAUCCGUGCGGCCGCUGAAAUAGCCGCCCUGAUGGCCAUCAGGUUGACGCAUGACCACGAACUGUUCCUGGACUACAGGAGCUAUGACAGCCGCCUGCACAGCUUCGUGAUGGCCCUGAUCCCUUACCAGAAGGAGAUGAGGAAAAAGGGAUUGGACAUCCAGUGGCUGCUUGGGGCCCGCGGAGACUUCACUCGCGCAACAGCGGCUCUGAGCCUACAAGUUAGAAACACGGAUCUUACCGACUGGGCUGCGUCUCGGAUGCUGAAUGACCGGAUUAUGAAAGUGGAGUACCAGUUUCUCUCCCCAUACGUCUCCCCAAAGGAUUCUCCCUUCCGGCACAUCUUCUUGGGCUCUGGCCCCCACACCAUCCAGGCGUUGCUAGAACAUGCCUAUCUCCUGAAGAACAAUGCCAGCACUUUUGAUGAAGUCCUGUUCAGGAAUCAGCUUGCUUUGUUGACGUGGACCAUCCAGGGAGCCGCAAAUGCCCUCACUGGCGACAUCUGGGACGUAGAUAAUGAGUUCUGAACGUGCCGAUCCCUAACUCCUGAAGUACAGCGACAGAUCCCCUCCUUCCCCAACCAGUAGCACAGAACACCUUCUCGUUAGCCUUUCAGCAGAGUUUUAGAGGCCCAGAAUUAAACAAGUAAUUCAAAGUGUCCUGGGACAGAUUUAGGUGUAGGUAAAUUUCCCUGUCAAAUGUGCUAUCCUCCCUUAGCAGUCAGCAGGUGUUCUGUUUUAGAGUAAGCGCAUCCUUGCGUCCAGCUGGACAGAGAGCACAUAAGCAGCCCACGUUCCAAUUGGCGUUAAGCUCUCAAGAGGCUUAAAUCAGGAUCACUCGGCUGUUUGGGAAGGCAGGAGCAGAGUUCGAAUCUCCCACACAUUUUACGCCUUUUCACCCUUCAGCCCUGGAACGUGGAGCUUUCUGCCUUCUGUCCAGCUCCCCUGCAGCUGCUUACUCAGGAAGGCCGACCCCAAAAUGACGUGAGCAGGACCAUGACGGAUCCAGCGGCACAAUUUAGAAAUUAACAGAAGUUCUUUUGGGGAGGGCCAAGUUGUCUUUGUCCCCUUGCUUUGUGGCCUGUUAGGAAACGUGGAGUCCCUCUGCCGGCUACACGGGGAGGGUGAUUCACCUGGACUUGGUACUGAGGUAUUUAUUAUUUAUUUAUCAGUGACAGUGUUCACUAUAAAUGCUAUUUGUGUUCUACCGAAUAUAAUUAUCGGAAGCAGUGACUUCCAUAAUUA